AUGAGCUCUUCCAACAACCAAGCAUCCGAGGCUCUCAACAGCAAGCAGCAGAGACAGUACCAGUGUCUUUGUAUUUUGCUCCAAGCUGUCAACGAGACUUGCAAGCAUAGGAGCGAUAUCAGAUACUCCUCCGGAAAGAAUCGCGGCUACGCCCUCUUGACCGAUUAUCAGAAGGCAAUUUGUAAAAUCGCACAAAUUCUCGAUAAUGAGAAGGGUGGCGAUUCUGCCACAGCGCUUAUUGUUGCGAAGGGGCUGCGUGGACCAGACUACGUUUUUGCUUCAAACUCGAAGAAAACACCUGAACUCGAAAGAGCCAAGUCGUUUCUCUCUGACCUCCUCGAGUACGUGGGAAGCAACCCUGAUGAAUUGGCUCCUAAGGCACUGCAAAAGCAAGUCUUGGAUCGUAUUCUUGAGUUCAAUUUUCUCAGAUUUGAUGCAUACCUAAACGGACUGGACACUGCUUUGCAGUCUUGCAUCGAUAACUGCGAGAGAUCACAGGAGCCUAGCAGCUCCAGCGAUAUGGCUCAGUUGCAAGUCAUCAAACAAAAGUCCCUUUUUCCUCGCGACAUGACUUCUUCUACUGAUUCCAAAAACAAAUUUUUCCGUGACUGCGAAGAUCUCAUCAAAGCUAUACAUAACAGCCAAAAUACCGGAAUAGAUAAAGUCUUGCACAAGUACAUUGGCACUACCGAGCCAGAAAUUUCAUAUCAAUGGAGUCAGCUGCGCCAUCAUCUUGGUCGUCUUCAUUCAUUUCGUCAAGCUUCCGAGGCCAUAAUCGAUGCUUCCACAAAGUGGCCCUUGUUAUUCAAAAACUUCACGGUCAAUUACAUUCCAUCAUCCCGUCCUCGAAAGUUCCCUCGAAUCCACAGAAUGAACGCUUCCCCAACGGACACUAUUAAGGCUGCUUUUCCAGAUCAAGAUCUAUCAUAUUACGAGGACGACAUCGCGGAGCUUCGCACGUACGGCCUAUAUGAACAAAUCCAGAAGCAGGAGCUUAAAUUUCCAUCGAAGAGUCUGGUUCACUGCGAAGCGAAUUUGCACAGUCAUCUUAUCACAGCUGGCAAAACUCGACCUUGCGACUUCUGGAACGAUGUCAUGUUUAUCGCUACUAGCAAGCCUCCUUGUAGGCUCUGCUAUUGCUAUUUUCAGGACGGCGACAAUGAUUUUCAAGUACAGUCGUCCCACAUGAACCUUUACCCUCGAUGGCGGCUCCCCGAUAUUGUUGAUUCUAACGAUGAAGCAAGCAUUGGACAUCGUGAGGAGCUGAUAGAGGAUAUAUUCGAGCACAUGCAGGACAGUAUACUGAAUGUUUUACAAGAGAAGUUCCCUCAGUGGAAACGAAAUGAUUCUCGUACAGACUCGCGAGGCUGUACAGAUAUUCGAGAGGGUGCGGAUAGUAGAACUCCAACUGGCGGACACUAUAUGCCACCCUCGGUCAUGGAUGAUGACGAUUACGUGACGGAAAUACACACUGAUACUUUUGGUGUUGCCCAUUAA